UAAGUGACUCAAGUGAUUCGCUCACGCGUGCUUCCGUAGAUCGCAAAGAGACAAGGCGAAGGCCGAGAGGAACGAAGGAAAAGAGCCGGACGGUGUAAGAAGACAGAUUGUGACUCCGUGAACGAUGGUAUCCUCGACAGUGACGGAAGCGAGCCCGGUGAAAAAAUCAUGCGGCGCGAUAGGCAUUGCGCCGGGAGAUUAUCGCCUGGUUGGCUGGGACCUGGACACCACCGGCAAGAAGGUCAUCGACGAGAUCUGCCAAAUAGCCGGGUACACUCCUAACUCAACUUACUCACAAUACGUGAUGCCGUACAAGGAUCUCAAUCCAACCGCCAUAAAGCGUCACAGUAUGAAGGUCGUCACCAAUGGCAAAUUCCGAGUGCUCAGGAAUAGUAAAACCAACGAGGUAAUCAAAUCCAAAAGUGAAGUAUCAGCACUUACGGAUUUCCUAAGUUGGUUAGAAACCAUAAAGGAAAACGCUGCGGACGGUGUAAUUCUGGUUUACCACGAGCCGCGCAAGGUCAUUCCCGCGAUGCUGCUCGAGUCGUUGAAGAAGUACGAUCUGGUAGAUCGAUUCAAGCAAACGGUCAAAGGAUUCGCGAACGGAUUCAACAUCGCCGAAGAGAAGUGUGCGAACUCUGCUCAUAUCUAUUCCCUUCGUACUUUAUCGCGUACAUUACUGAAGAAGGAAGUGAAUCUGGGCAAUGCGCAACAUAGAGCAUCGCUGGCAUUACAAAUAGCACAAUACUUGUGCUCGUUCGACGGCGAGAAAACCGAAGAUACGAACGAGAAGGAGGAAAGCGAUGAAAAAUCUCUGAAAAAAGCGGUUGAGAUUAUUCGAGAAUUUGCGCAGCCUGUUGAUGUCGAGGAAAAGGAACACAACGAACUGAAGAUGAUAUUCGAGCGGCAGAACAACUUGCGGCCCAUAUUCAGCGCCCUAUUCCGUAUGAACCGCCGCGAACGUCAACACGCCAGUCCUCUGCGGCGAUUGUUAGCUGAAGCUGGGAUUGUGUAUUCAGAGCUACAGGACGCGUGGACUAACGCGAAGAAGGACGGAUUGGAGCAUUUGAUGAAGGAGAAACUCCCAACAGUCGACGAGAAAAAGAUGGAGGAUCUGAUGAUUAUCCUCGAGCGUCACUUUGACCCGGAAAAGAAGCUGAAAGGCAGAACACCGGAGAAGAAGGGUCUCAAGUUAAAGAACGAGAAAAAGAUAAGCGACGACAAGGAGAAUAACAAUAAGAGUGACUCGGGCCACGACAGCCCCGACAGCCCGGACACUACGACAUCUGGGUCUCCGGUUAAAAUGAACGGCGACAACAGCGAAAUUAAGCAAGAAGAGUGCGCUUUGACGCAGGAGUGUGGUCAAGCCGUUUAACGAUGCUGUUGCUCUUCGACCUCUCUUUUACGCGCCGCAAAGCGGGGAGCACUUCGUGACCGUCCGCGUUUCUACUGCUCGUCGCCGGCCUCGACCUCGAACGAGCGAACGUGGACUCUUUUUUUUUUUUUGUUGCCAUAAUAGUCGCGGAUGACGAAAAAUAAAAUUGAUAAGCAACGCGAAUGACGAACAUAGAUUUAGCGCGUCAAAUACAGCUCGCGUUUAGCCGGACUUUACAGUAAAAGCGUGCUGUGUGCUUGUUCACCACUAGAUCUCUAUUCCUCAGACGAAAAGAGUCGCGAAGGAAUUCCCGUUUAUUUUUUUGCGGCAAUUCUAGGGUAGACGCGUUUAGAAUAAAGUUUACGAUUCGUCCAACGGACGAUGUUGUGCGUGAUCAAAGACGAGUGUUAUUUGUUACAGUAUUGCGUUUUUUUUUUUCUUUAUCCCUUUAGUUCUUCCUUUUAUUUUUUUUUUUAAUUUUUGUUCGCACUGGUACGCCGGCAGGAUUAAAAAAAAAAGACCGGUUUCCUGUGAGACACCGUCGAAUUAAGCUCAAUGUACAAAUAACACGUUAAGCGAUGUUUAGUUUGUUACGCGCAGUUAUAUUUAAUAUUGUUUACAUUUCAUAGUUUUAUACUCUUUUUGUUUUCUCUCCUCUUCCCUCCCUCUGUUUCUAUUUCUUUUAUUUAUCCCGAGAAUUCGUACGCUCGCUACUGUGGCGAGAGCGUCCGUUUAAUAGACUGCUGCAAUUGUGAAAGGCAUAGGAAAUGUCGCGGAUCCGCGUAGUUACCGCAUAAGUUUACGAUGUGUACAAUAUAAUGUGCACGAUAUUUUCUACUUUUUACCGUUUAAGUCGCGCAUGAGGCGCAUGUGUGGUAUUAGAGAGAUAUAUUUUUGUAUCAAUAAUGUAAUUUCCUUUCUGCUGUGAGAUCUCAUUGUA